AUGUCGGCAAGUCUAGGUCAAAACAAGAGGCUCUGGAUGAGAUCGCGCUUGCCAUUUUUAAACACGCACUACGACCAGGCACCUACACCAGAACACGGCAACCUCGAAAUUUCAAAUGCCAUCAUCCGUCGCACAAUAGAGCACCGCUUCAUCCGCCACAGUGUUCCAACAAUGCUAAAAGUCCAGAACCAGGUGUUUAACCCCGGGCCACUCUACCGCUUGCCCGGUGAGCUCUUGCUCAUGAUCAUGGAGUAUUGCAUCGGCUACUCCGCUCACCGCUGGCUCAUCAUGAACCAGCGCCGAGAAGCGGAAACCUCCAUCGCCAUCUUCUCAGUGUGCCGCAAGUUCCGUCUCCUGGCCCAGAAGUACAUCCUCCCAAACAUCAUCUGGGGCUUUGAUUUCAAAUACGAACUACUUUCGGUCUUCCGCUUCAGGAGCAAGACACCUGAAAAAUGCCUCAUGGAAAGUACGCUCAUUCAUCCAUUCCCGGACCCCGAGAAGUGGUUGAUUCACAACAAAAUCCGAUUACUUGAGCACGACUACAUCUCACGAGAGAUUGCCGUGCGUUUGAAGCCGCACAAUCUUCCAUUGCAGCCCGGACCCAUCCGGCACACUGUUAAGAUCACAUGGCAGACCGUACGGUCUCAAAUCGCGAAAAGUGUCAACGAUGGCAUGGAGCCGAAGUUUUCAAGGACCAUAGACUGUGGGACGCAGAUGUCUCAACUCCAUUCCCACUUGCGGAACGCCAACCAUGACAACUGUUCCAUUUGGGAUGUCGAUGUACCACUCCCCAUGAUCGUGGGAAAACUCAGCGUGCAGUUGGCUUGGGAGGGCUCAGAGCUCACCUGGGCAGACAACGUCGUUAUCAUCCCACAACGUCUGGGCUGGAUGAUCUUCAACUUCCGCAACUUCACCCGGGGAUUCGAGCAUACUGCCAUCUUGAGGCGCUUAUAUGAUUUGAUCAUUCGCAUCCCUCCUCACCCGGAUGGCAAGACCGUGAGGCGUGUCAUCAUUCGCUCUGAACCGGAUUCGCAACCCCAAGCACGAGAGAGUCUUCAGGACGUGGCCCACUUCACCAUGUUCCUGGAUGGCUAUCAGCUUGACCAGGAUCCUAAGCCAUGGUUCCAGGGCGCAAAGAGAUUCUUUUGCAUGAAGGAGAAUCCCACAUAUUUGAAGCUGUGGAAUUAUCUGAACACCAACUGGAGACUUGAUUUCCAAAUAUGA